GUCUCCGUCUCUUGGUCGAGCUUCACCUUCAGAAAUAUCUGAACUCAAACCCUUUACUUCACCACUCUCUGCAACUAAAUAAAGCUUCAUCUUUCAAUCCAUGCUUCAAUCUUAUUGAUUCCAUUCCAAUCAAGAGAAUGAAGGAGAAUGAAGAAUUGGAAUUAGCAAAGAAGAGAUGCAUAAAUGUUAUUGAGAGAUUAAGAAGUUUGAUUUCCACCACCACCACAAAAAUCAACCCUUCUUCUCAACAAACCCUCCUCAAAUUGGCCAAAUCUGAGCUUGCCUUUCUCUCCCGUUCCUCAAACCCUAGGUGUUGUUUCAACAUUGGGCACAUUGAAGCUGUUCUCCACAUUCUCCAACAGCCAUUCAUUACUGGAGUUUCACGUGUAUGUAAGUCAAUUUCUGUAAAUGGUGAAAAAACUUGUGAUUCUGUGUAUGUAGAUGUAGUUUGUACUCUCAAUAGGAACCCAGUUUGGAUUAUUGUUUCUGAUAGGAACCCUAAUUACAUUUCCUGGGAUGAAUCCCAUUCGAGUAAAGGAUUGAAAUUUCGAAUCGAGAAACUUCUUGCUGUUGCUAGGUCUUCUGUGGCACUUAAACCUUCUUCAGUUAUUCUCUUCUUUGCUAAUGGAAUCAGUGAAGUCAUUUAUGAGAAACUCAGAUUACAAUUUGGGGCUGUUGAGUUUGGAUUGGAGUUUACUGUCUUCGAUUUCGAUUUCUUUGAGGAUUUGGAAGAAGAGUGGGUUAAUGUAUUAGCAAGAACAUACAGAGAUGCAUCCAUACUUGAAAUUAGAACAAAGGAUGAUGAUUGUGAUGAUGAUGUUUCCAAUUUGGAUUGUGCUGCUGAAAACACAUUCCAACUCGGAACUUUGGUAUCCGAAAGGGAUGAUUCUUUCUCAACACUUAUUUUCAGGAUAUGUGUCGAGAAAGAAUGUGAAUAUGUGAAUUUCGACACGACAGCUUUGAUUGCUGUUGUUUCGGGAAUCAGCAAUGGUGGUUGUGAGAAACUGUUGGGUACCCCAGAAACUGAUUUGAGAGAAAAAUAUAAGAGUAACUAUGAGUUUGUGAUUGGACAGGUAAUGUCUGAAAUUGAGAAACCAAUUCAUGUGGAACUAGGUAGUGUAAUAUCUGGAAAGAGAGGUAUGAUAUGCCAAAGUGUUUGUUCAGAGUUCAAGGAAUUAGUAUCAAUGUGUGGAGGGCCAAAUGAGAAGUUAAGAGCUGAUCACUUACUUGGAUGUCUCAAGGUUGUUGUUGAUUGUCCCUCGGAGCGUAUGAUGAGCCUCCCAACCACUAGGAAGCUUGCAAUAAAGAAUAAGGUUGUUUUCGGUACUGGUGAUUACUGGCGCGCCCCUACUUUAACUGCAAAUAUGGCAUUUGUGAGAGCAAUUUCACAAACUGGGAUGUCUCUGUUCACCAUUGGACAUAGACCGCGAGCUUUAAUUGGCGAUUAGUCAAAAGAUACACACGAUUUGUCGGAGAAGAAAAGCUUGCCUCUAAUCAGCCUAAGUCGAUUCAAAGCCACACAGGCACCAGUCACAUAGCAGUAUUGAGAAGGAGAAGCCUGGUUGGCUGUUAUGUAAGAUUAUGGUGAAAUAAGAAUGAUAUAGUCU